AUGCUACCACGUUGGAUACUGCUCUUCUCCGUGGUGUUGUUCGCGAGGCCAGUACACCCUCAGGGAGCUCAGCAAUGCCCAUCGCAGGCCACCAUCACCCCUUGCAGCUGUACUGUGAAGAAGAAUGGCCUUGACAUACUAUGCGAGUUCACUGAACAACAACACAUACAAAAGGCAAUGAACACACUGCGAUCGAAGCCCAUGAUAAUAUUUUAUCUGAAAUUGCGUCAUAACAACCUCGCCAAGUUACCUGCAUAUAUAUUUUUAAGUUUAGAUAUUCGCCAUCUCACUGUGCACAACAGUAGCUUAGCGGUUAUAGAAGAUUCUUCUUUAAGUUCUAUCGGUAACAAGCUGACACAGCUGGACGUGUCUCAAAAUAAUCUGGCGACGAUUCCUACAUCAUCCUUCACUCACCUAAACCACCUACUAAUUCUCAACAUGAAUCAUAAUAAAGUGACAGCAAUUCACAAUCGAGCUUUCUUGGGUCUGGAUACUUUAGAAAUUCUGACUUUGUACGAAAAUAGAAUAUCGGUGAUCGACGGCGAAGCUUUUAAAGGGCUUGAGAAGAAGCUGAAAAGGUUAAAUCUCGGUGGCAAUGAAUUGACAGCGGUCCCACAAAAAGCUCUAGCAUUGCUCGAGAACCUAAAAAAGCUCGAGAUGCAAGAAAAUCGUAUCACCUCUAUUUCUGAAGGAGAUUUUGCAGGCUUACGUAAUUUAGAUUCAUUGGGAUUGGCACACAACCAGCUCCGAGAAGUGCCGGCUAAUGUGUUCUCGCAUUUGACGUUUCUCAAUUCCCUAGAACUUGAAGGCAAUCAAAUUCAACGAAUCGAUGAGAAAGCUUUCGCUGGAUUAGAAGAAAAUCUUCAAUAUUUGCGUCUUGGCGACAAUCGCUUACACGAGAUUCCCUCAGAGGCGCUUCGUCCGCUACAUCGUCUCCGCCACUUGGACCUUCGCUCAAACAACAUCACGUAUAUCAGUGAAGAUGCAUUCACCGGUUAUGGGGAUUCUAUCACCUUCCUGAACCUUCAAAAGAAUAUGGUUCACCAACUUCCAACAAUGGGUUUCGACAACCUCAACUCCCUUGAGACACUUAACUUACAAAAUAACAAGCUGCAGCACAUCCCAGAGGAAAUCAUGGAGCCCAUCCUCGAUACGUUAAGAGUUGUUGAUAUUAUGGAUAACCCUUUAAUUUGUGACUGCGAUCUGGCGUGGUAUGAAACUUGGCUGUCCGGUCUCAAGGAUCGUGAUGACGAAAUGAUGCAAAAGAAACGUACAAUUUGCACAAUGGUCAGUGAACAUCGCGAAUAUAGCGUAGCAAAAAUGCCCCUCGACAAGAUGAGCUGCAAAAGAAAACCAGGCAUCAGAUCGUCCGGCGCCACCAACAUUGGUCCGAUGUUGGUAACAAAUUAUAUAACAUUCGCAAUCAUAAGAUACUUC